UGCUGGCCCACUGAUGCCCAACACCACAGUUGAAACUUUGGAGACACCUGUCUCCAGGGCAGAUUGUGGGAGCACACAGCUGUGUGCAGAUGAGCCCUCUGACUGUGACCCCUCACAAGCAGGACCAUGUUUCUUUCUUUCUGCCAGGCAGACGAGUGGUCGAAACUUUGAGUUUGGCCUCUCAGGAGAAUCUACUGGCUACCUCUCUGCCUCCCUGUCUCUUGAUGCCACAGCGGGAGGUAAUGACACCACCUACGUCUGUGCAAACAACAAUGGCAAUGUACAAUUCUUUGGCGCUGUCCUCAACAAUGGCCAGCUGACUCUGACAGAGCUGAACGUGAACUCUGUGAAGGGCCGUGUCAAUGGAAACAGAAUCCAGUGUACAUUUGCUGCCACUGUACCUGACCAAGUAACUAGAGCACAAGGUUUCUCAAUCUCAGUCUCCACUGGACCUUUCAAUGCCACUUCUGGUGAACUGGGAUCCCCCACCGCGGCAAUACGGACUCCUGUUGUAAACCUGGCAAAUCCUAAUGCCACCGUCACCAAUGAAGUUACCACCACCACCACUUCCCCCAGUACCGCCGCCCCAACCACUAGCCACGCCGUUACACUACAGCAAUCCCUGACACAUGCUCUCCUGGUCACUGUGGGUGUGCUGGGUCUGGCCAUGCUAUGA